UGUGUGUAAUUAUGUUUGUGUUUGUGUGUAUGCAUGUUUUCCUGUGUUUGUUAGGGAGGGAGAAUGAACUUGCUUGAACUGCACAGAAUAAUUGAAAUUAAUAACAAUACAUCAUAUUAAUUGCUAAGAGAAAACACAAUCAGCAAUAAACUUCCGAAAGGUGUCGUUGCGGAUGUUAACCCAAGAAAGGCUUUUAGAUUGUCGGAAGCAAAUAUUUGCCCGUCACCACAACCUCCCCCGCUGGCCUGAACAGCUUUCGACGUGCAGUGAGCAGGCGAGCUACAGCCCCGGGACCACGUGACUAGCCACGAUGCCAAGCGUCCAAUGGGAAGGCCGCCAGGAGGUUAAACUGAGGUCAAUCGCUAUGCAAAGAGAAGAACUGCGUCAUGUGGGACAGACCUUGCUUGUGGCCGGCACUUAAAAUCCUCUUUGUCAUGGAAACCAUUUGUACAUUGAAAAUAUUUCCUACUAAAUUAUUCAAAACUCGAUCCUUUAAUAAACUGAUAUCGUAUCUGUUUAGCAUAAUUGUUUAUAUUAUUUCAGCUUUAAAAUUUGUCAAAAUAAAUAAUGACACCAACAUCUAUUCUCAGCUUACUCCCAACAGUUCUUGGGAUCCCAUUAAAAUGUUUAGCCUUUCAUGAAGUAUUUACUAGUGGAGCAGCACACACCAUGUUCCUCGCUAGUCUCUGUUGUCUCUCAUGUUUACAUCAUGCAACUAGCAAUCUGCCGAGCUGUCAGGCGUCUGACUCUAAGCUACGAAACCAAGCGGAAAUAUCAAAAAUCUUUGACAAGUCAGACUAUUAAUAAUCUACCCUAUUUACUAGUCCCUGUGGGAUGUUUGCAUGGCUGCAACACGUAACCGUGACUUCCGUUAUGAUGUCAUCGCCUUUUCUUUGAACCCCAGACCUAACUUAUUGGCGCGAAAUAUGCAAACAAGAACUGCAUGCACACGAGACAUGGAUUCUCCCCAUAAACUGUUUUCUGUUUCCUGUAUGUAAAUUUGGGGAAAGGGGAGAAGUACCUUAUCCUGCAAUUGAGAUUAUGUUCCCUUGUGACUGGAUUGAAUUACUAUUAUCUUGUCAGAGGUGCAGACUAGUUCGGAAGCAUGUUUCAUUCCACAUAGUCCAGAAGUGUGGAAGGUGGAGGAUUGAAGAUCAGCAGGAUGGAUUUACCUGUGGUGGUGGUGAUGGUGGUGGUGGUGUAGAAGCAGUUGUAGUAGCAGGUAGACAUUCUAAUGAAGAAGUGCGCAGGUUCCAGGCUAGUCAAGGAACGCGUGCGUGCGUGCGGGACCGACAGAAGCUUCCUCUCGUCUCUCGCUCUUUCUCGCUGUCCUCCUUCAGGCUGUCCUCCGCUCCUCCUCGCUGUCUCGUUUGGCUCCCCAGCGACAGAGAGCCGCGUGCGCCGAGACCCGGCUGCAGACAUGGCGCGCCGCCGACUGGGCCGUCAAUGGCGCUCGCCGGUCUGUUCUUGUGGCACCAGCAGCAGGGGACGUCGUCGUUUUACUCGCAGACCUGACGAGUUCUUGUUUUGCAGCAAGCGUACACACACGUGCGAGACUUGAGCUGCGUCACCUACACCGUCAGUUGAACCGUCUUCUGCUGACUUAGACCUGGGUGCUGUCAAUGUUAUUAUUUGGUAUAUUACAUGUCAAACCCAGGUUUCGCUGAUCAACUACUCAUCAUGUCAAAGACUGUUUGAAGGAUAACGCUUGGCGAGUGCAGGUGGGACAGUCUUUGGACGGACAUCUCAGGUGUCGCACACAGGCGACCUGACAGACUGUGGCUGCCCAUGAAAACACAUGUCACGCAGGUUGUGAUCAAACGGGAUGUGAAGAGAACAUCAGCUGCUGUUUGAAAAAAAAAGAUAUCGUCGCUUAAUUAUACCCAGAGGAAACAACGGGGAAAAUGUGUAUGAUACCCUAGUUUGCUGCCUGCUUGCGUGGUGUGGCUGCGCAGUGUUUGUGUUGUAAACUGCAAGCUGUUGUAUGAAACGUCACAAGCUACCUGCACAACUGCAGCUGCCGCUCACCAUGACAGAGACUCGCAUCACCUUCACGGCUGAUGUCCCAAGUUUCACCCUUCACAUCAGUCGCAUGCGUCAAGACGGUGCCACAAGGGCCUGCCAGCGCUCUCAGUGUCGGCUGCGAGACUGGAGCGACUGACUGCUGCAACCCAAGGAGGAGAAAUACGAAGGCUAUUGACACUUCUGCUGUUCUUCAUUAUUGUAAUUGGAGACUGGGAGACAAGAAGACGGUCAUCAGAUGAAAUUAGAUUCUUGCCUGCCAAGUGGUCAUACGAGUAGCGGAGGUGCAGUGUGUAAACAAGAGUGAUGUCCCUUGCCACUGGCGGCCGUCAGCCUCUGACGUGUCUUCAAGAGACUCAGAUCCAGCGCCUUUCAAAACGGUCGCCAGACUUCUGAAAAGAUGUGAGGGGACAUGGCUUCCGCCAGACAUUUACUACAGCAGACUAGUGGUAGAGGUACAUACCUGGGUGACCUGUCACCUCACGGACCCGGCCCCUCCUCGACAAACUCUCCGUCUCCCGGAACAGGGGGGUCGGCCAUCAUGGCGCCCAGUGAAGACCCCUCCCCCAGCGCCAAACUCUACAACCUCACGAGCCAUUUUCCCGGGUGGUCGGUAGUUCACCCGCCUGGACCAGGGCAGGAAGGCACAGGGGGGGAUGCUGGCGGACUGCCCUACUACCCCUACGACGGCAACUCCGGCUCUGGGGUGGAUACAGCUGCUGUGGCGUCGUCACGUGACCAGCUCUCACCCAUGACCUCCACGACCUCCACGUUGCUGGCGUCGACCGCCGAUGUGCUGGGAAACGUGAGCUUCUCACCAUUCGACUUCCUGUGCGAUGAUAACGACACCUUUUGUGAGUUCAACCUGACGAUGGGCAAGGAUGUGGACGAGAACGAACAUUGCUGGCUACAAGUACUGGACCCUCCUGCUGGCCAUCUUCCCCGUUUUUACCGUCUUCGGAAACGUGCUGGUGGUGCUGUCCGUGGUGAGAGAGAAGAGCCUCAAGACGGUGACCAACUACUUCAUCUGCUCCUUGGCUGUUGCCGACAUCAUGGUUGCGGUCAUUGUCAUGCCCUUUGCUGUCUAUGUGGAGGUUAUAGGAGGCUGGCUGUUAAGCGACCUGCUGUGUGAUGCUUGGGUAGCCUCUGAUGUUCUGGCGUGCACGGCGUCCAUACUCAAUCUGACAGCCAUCAGCGUAGACAGGUUUAUAGCCGUGACCCAGCCAAUAAAGUACGCCAAACACAAAAACUCUAAACGAGUUUACAUCAUGAUAGCCAUUACCUGGAUAAUCUCCGUUGCCAUAGCAGCACCCAUUGCCAUGGGCGUCAACUACUCAGCCAGUAGAAUCCCGGGGGAUUGUUCUUUCUACAACGCCGACUUCAUCAUCUACUCUUCCAUGGGCUCUUUCUACAUUCCCUCAAUAAUUAUGAUAUUCCUUUACUGGAAGAUCUACAGGGUCAUUCGACUGCGCGCUCAAAAGGCUCGGGCAGCCAAGAAAGUGAAGUCCGUUGAUCAGAGAGCACUACAAAAUGUGAUAGAAAACACAGGGGCUACAGCCCUAGGAGAAGGGUGCGGUGGUGACGUCGGAGGUGGGGCAGGGACGGGCAACGGCGCUAACGCGAACAGUUCUCAGCCGACGGUGGUCACCUCCAUGGUCGAGCCGACUGUGACGACUGGCUUGGCGAAGAUGGACAACGGGCGGGUGACGACCUACAACACCACCAGCAGCGCACACCAGCUCGUCCCGCACGUCAUCGACGAUGCCUCCGUCACCAAUGUCCCCUCAGGCUCGGACUCUCACAACGACGACGAGGACGACAGCAACGGCAAUCACACCUCUAGCCUGCGCCACGCACCCAGCCCUGACCACGCCACCCACUUCCUAGCGUGCCAGCUCCACAACGAAGAUGGCGACCUCGGCGCCGAGCUCAUCGCCAACCCCGGCGCUGCCGCGGCUGAGAGGCGGGAAGUUGGUGGCAAGGCCUCGACAUCAGGAAGCGGAAACGCGGGUGCUAGCGAGGCAGAGACUCCUUUUACCUCCCCUGGGGGAAGCACCCGCAAAAAGCAGAGCAGCAAAAAUAAAAGUAAUUGCUCAUCUUCGCGUCACAAGAAAGGCGUCACCAAAUUUAAUUUUCACAUGCGCACUAGCCGGAAACGGAAGGAAAAGUCAUCUUCACGGAGAGAGAAGAAGGCCACCAAGACUCUGGCGAUUGUACUAGGUGUAUUUCUCUUGUGCUGGGUGCCUUUCUUCACCAUCAACAUCAUCAAAGCCAUCUGUAUCCGAUACGAGCUAGACGAUAACCCAGCCUGCAACCUCGACCAUAUGCUCUUCAGUUUCUUCGUGUGGCUGGGCUAUAUCAACUCUUUUCUCAACCCUGUCAUCUAUACCAUCUUCAACCCUGAGUUUCGCAAAGCUUUCAAGAGAAUUCUCACCGAGCCAUGCACAAAAGGACGAAGAUGAAAUCUAUACUUCUCUUUGUUACUGAAAGUCGCACAGAAGGCAGGCAAUGAGCGCUAAUGCAGUCUUGACUGUAAGAACAAAGUAAACAUGUUAGUAAAAACCGUUUCUAUUGACACAAGUGCUUCUGAAAGGCGGCCUAACGUCUAGAGAAAAUAAGUUGUGUCAUUUUUUUUUCCCUGGAAAUGAUCGGGCAGUUGGAGCAAAGUUCUACUGCAGAGUGGAGAGCACUCGACGGAAACACAUAAGACUAUUAAAAAACAUUCUGGGGUAAACAGGAUAGCAGCAGAACAAGACCAAUUUUAAUGACUGGACAAAGUUGCUGCUUUUCGGUUUGUUUCUCAGAAGCUUAGAGCUGACAGACCAUCAAAUCACAGAACAAUUAGACGAGUAGUCGAGGCGUGCCCCAAAACGCUGAAAUCACUGGUUGUAGUUGAGGUGCUUCAUCUAUUUUCUCGUCAUUCUGGAAUGCACAAUUAAACCUUCUGUCAUUUGAAAAAUGUUCUGUCAGCAGUCACUGGUGUCACCACUACAUCAACACGCUUCAGAAAAGAGAAGAAAAAUGCUUAUGCUUUACCUGCCCCGUUAUUGUUUAUAAAGCGUUGUUUUCAGUCAGGUUACCCUGCAUUGGUUUUCUUCAAUCUUUACAAGCGACUCUGUUUCUUGUUCUUCUAAUGCGAUAGUAUUUCAAGUGGUUGUACUCUCAAAUACCAGAAUUAACUGUCGCUAGGGUAGCACAGGAGGCUUACAGAGAAUUCGAUUUAAAACACACACACACACACACACACACACACACACACACACACACACACACACACACACACACACACACACACACACACACACACACACACACACACACACACACACACACACACACACACAAACACACACACACACACAUCGUAAGAAAGAUGCACCGACGCAGGAAAAGCUAGUGCCAGAGAAGUGCUGUAAAUUGUACAAAGAGAAUAGUUAAACGGCUGUGACAGUUAGAAGGAAAGAAGGAAUCUUAGGUUAAAAUAUUUAAGAUAGCCACGACCUGUGUACCUCCAAUUGGGUUCUAUCUUUUGUUCAGGAGACGAAGAGCAGCACGGUUUAUUAUUCGGAAGCAGAUAGGCGUCCUGGGUGGGCUGAAGCAGGGACAGGAAACGAAAGCUUUGUCUGCUGUGGGUAUGUCUUGGGAGCCAAGGCCCAGAUGUGAUGUGCACGACGAGCUUAUAUUACAUAGGCUCCAAAUGAGUGUUAAAGUGUGAGUUAGUAAACUGCCAACUGAAUCAUCUGAAUAAAGAGCCGUUUGAGUACUG